AUGGCUUUCGCUCUACGGGCCACUCAACGCCGCCUUCCCCGCUCUCUCCACUGCACCAAUCCCUUCUCCACCUCCGCCUCAUCUCACGACCUCCGCGAGCUCCUCCGCAUCCAACGCAUCCUCAGUGACCCCGCAACAACCAGCCAGCCCCCGCAAACCCAAGAGCACCCACGAGGUGCGGGUGCCGCCGCCACCGACCUGCACCAUCUGCUCCACCGCACGGCCGGCCUCACCACCGCUGACGCCACCUCCCUCCUCCGCCGCAUCCCUAACACCCACCGCCUGGGCCGCCUUCUCCAAGAACUUCGUGGCCUGCGCCUCCCGGCGGACGAGAUCAAGAACGUCCUCAAGUCCGAUCCCGACGGUGUCCUCUCCAUGGAGCCCGGCGAGCCGUCCCGCCUCGUAGAGGUCCUCGACGAGCUCCGCUGCCGGGAGCCCGUCAAGGACCGGCUACUCUCUGGCGGCUUACUCAACGCCGCAAUCGCCACGAGGCGGCGGGUGGAGCUCCUGCACGAGCGCGGGCUGAGCCGGCGGGAUGCGCUGAGGGUGCUCUCUGUCGAGCCUCGGGCGAUUCUAUAUAGCCUAGAGGAUGUGGAGAGGAAGGUGGAGUUCUUGGUGAGCAGGAUGGGGUUUCAGAUUGGUUGGCUGGUGGAGUACCCGGAGUUCUUGGGGGUGAAUCUCGACAGGUGGAUCAUCCCGCGGCACAAUGUGGUGGAGUACCUGGUAUCCGUGGGCGGGCUUGGGGACCCCAUUGAGAUGAAGCAUUAUGUGAGAUUAAGCCGUCUCAGGUUCUACAAUAUGUUUGUGAAGCCAUACCCGGAGUGCGAAAGGAUUUUCGGAGGGCUGGUCAGGGAGAGGAAGAAUGAGGUGAGGCCGAGACAUCCUGUGGGACUGUGGAAGUUGUUUAAGCCGACAAAGUAUGAGAGCACUGAGGAGGACGUGAAACACAUGAAGUUGACGGUUGAAUCACUUCAUUAGCUCUGUUGAGAAUACCAUUUGGCAGCGGUUUUGAUCAUGAUUCAGGGGAUUUCAUGGUGGCCACAUUGCGGUUGGUAUUGUGAAAUGUACUUGUUCAAUGAGAUGUUUAACUAAAUAAAGACCUAGCUUAAGGUUGAGCUUGAUUAUAUUGCCAUGAUCAUAUUAUGGUGAUAAGAGCUGGCACUGGGUAGAAUGCAGAUUGAUGAAACCUGGCAACUUAUGGAAGAGGUAUCUGAAGUUACCAACAAAUAGACGGAGGGACGGUCAUUCUUUCUGUAUAUAUAGAGAAAUGUUUGAUCAUCAAGGAAGAACUUUCUGUUGAAAGGCUACCACCCAACUUGCUGGCAUCAGGAUAAGAAAUACUGGUAACAAUUGUCUGACCUUCCGAAGCCUCUCAAUUAUGCAAAAGAAAUAACAUCAUCAUGGCCACUGCUGCAGUGCAUGUGAAGAAAAUGUUACAUGCUACUCUGCUACAAAAUAAAGCCUUCUUUGAAGUGAGUCAUGCAACUGUACUGUACAUGUUGUAAAACAAAGUGUUCACAAUGUAACUGUUACAUUAUCCGUUGAUUUUUUUUAUCACUUCACAAGCAAGAAAGAUUGUUCGCGAUGUAUGCCUGCUUUAACGAAUCACUUCAAAAGUAAAGCAGGGUGUUGGGAU